UUGAUUUCUCACUCAAGAAAUAUUUCAGUAUUUGUGUUUGAACAAAGGGCCAAGCUGCAGUGUUUUGCUUCACUGAUCAUGCAUUGACAAUACCUGCAAUCAGGUGUGGUUUGUUAGGGGCAUUGCUGUCAGAGGAGAAUAAAGGUAGCACUCAUUGUGUUGCCCUGUAAUAUCAUUGUAGCUUGGACAGGACAUCUUGUGAUGUAAUAUGAUGUGAAGAACUUAGGCUUUUCUUCAGUAAGAGGAUAAACGAUCAGUGUGUGAAUUGAGAGCUAAUCUUUUUCUGUACCUAUUAAGUGAGUUCAGGUGCUAUUUAUAAAAACACAUGCCUUGGUAAAGGGUUUGGAGAGUUUUGAAGAGGAUGGAUGUUGUGUAUUGCUGUGUAAUAUCCCAACAGAUGGCAUAACAAAGAAGUAUGGUGGUCGUCCUUCAGGUAGUCAGGGUGACUUGGAACAGCUGGGAAGUAUGUGAAGUGUUUAUAUGAAGAGGACAUAUUGAUGUGAGAUACAUAUUGGAGUUGUACCAUUACCGACUCAGGAUACAUUGUGAACCAGUCGCCCGUGGGGAGGUACACACUGAUCUUAUUGAUGAUGUAUUGACCAGUCAUCUAUUGUCAACUGUUUAGUGCAGUGGAAGAAGAUGUGAAUGAGAAGUACUUCCUACCUGUUCUAUAGCUGGUGAAGAGCUGUGUCCUGCUGCCCCAUUGUGGUAUCCUGUGAUGGACGUCUGCCAAUCAGAAAUAAACUUGCAUAAAUAAAAAGCCUGGGAAAAGAGGAAAAUAUUAGUUUUCAUCCGUGUGUCUAUGUCACAGUGACUCGGCGGAGGUGAUGGGAUAUCACUUGAGGCCAGUAGCUGGAGUUUUGUCAGAUACGUGUAACACCAUCCUGAUCAUCAACAUUCCCCAGAAAUAGUUCUACCUUUUGUUUCUUUAAUAGAACAGACUUGUCUACAAUUUCAUUGCCUGACAUUAAGUUUCAACUGAUGAGCCCAUAACAAGUGGAGCGUAUAUCCCAGUUUGUAAGCAGAUGACAUAAGUGUUAUGUAAGUUGACAUUCCCUUCAAGGCAUGUGAGAGCUGGUCAGUCCAGUCCAACCAGGGCCAGCAUCAGCUCACUGUGACACACACAUCACAUGAGACAUACAGUGAUAGCUAAACAUUUGACCAGGUGACAUCUAUACAGCAGCUCCUGGUCUACCUGGCUUACAUUCAGAAGAUGCCUGCUCUUGAUGGCAAAUCUGAAAUGGCAAAUACCAGAAGUAAGGUGACGGUGGAGAUCGGCGUGGCCCGGAGGGUGGAACAGCAGUGGCAGGAGGGCAUGAAGCCAGUGGUCCUGGUGGGCUGUCACUGUGAGGAGUUCGGCCACACCAUGAGGAAUGCAGAGGAUCCCAUGACGUCAAGUGACAGAGACUCAGAAGAGAAGACCCUGUCACAAGACAGCUUUUGUGAGGACUCAGACGGAUACGGUGUACAGAAAGAUGUUGUCAGUGAUGUGGAUUGGCAGAGUUGUGACAGUGAAGAGAGUAGCAUGAAAACAGCAGUGUUAGAAAACAGUGAGAGUACAAAAAGGAAACAUAUUGCAGUCUCAGAGCAAGACAAAAACUUUAAUGAUGAUGAACAUUCUGAAUACAAAUACAUAAAGGUUGUAUCAACAGAAAACAACGAUGUUUGUGAGAGACAAAUUGUCCCUCCAGGUGUGGAUCCUGGUAUAGGGGCUACAGAUUUGGAGGAGGAUUCUAGGAAUGACAGUCAGAUAUACUCAGGGGAGAUUACAAAGUCAAAGGAUUCUCAGAUGGAGAGCAGUGUAGCAUCAGUUGACACACAUGGGGAUUCAUGCAGCGCUGAUGAUAGGGAGCAUGACGACACUGGUCUGGGUUCAACACUUGACAUGUCUGUGGCAAACAACAGUAUUAAGACUGACGAUGAAACUGAUGUGACCAAGGACUCUGCCAUUGUUAUGGACAGUCCAAGUGGGCAGGAUGUUUCUUGGAGUCUCCUGGAUGAUGUUCAGGAUGAUCUCAGUGUCUCCAGUAGGAGUGAGUCCAGUCACUACGACCUUCUGGUUGUCACGGCUGAUGUUUCCACCAGUGGAAUAGAGGACGAUGAGGUUGCACACAAGGAUGACUUGGUUGUAGAGAGUGCUACUGGUGGAGUAGAAGACGAUGAGGUUGCACACAAGGAUGACAUGGUUGUAGAGAGUUCCACCAGUGGAGUAGAAGACGAUGAGGUUGCACACAAGGAUGACAUGGUUGUAGAGAGUUCCACCAGUGGAGUAGAAGACGAUGAGGUUGCACACAAGGAUGACAUGGUUGUAGAGAGUUCCACCAGUGGAGUAGAAGACGAUGAGGUUGCACACAAGGAUGACAUGGAUCAUGAGACAACACAUGCAUCUGAGGAGUCCAUAGAAGAUGAAGAAACAGCUUCUAGACUUGACAGUUUUAUUGUGACAGAUGUACAGGAGAGUAGACAGAUUUCUAGUCAUUUGGAGAGAGUGGAGACCAAUUAUACCUCAGAAAACACACCCAGUCAGUAUGAGAGCAGGGAAGUGACCAGUAUUAAGAAACAAGUGAAUAUGUCAGACAUGGACAUGGGUGUGUGUAGUGUUGGUACGUCUGGUGUUGUUACAGAGCAGGGCAAGGACACUGAUGAAGGGCUUCCAGUUGAGGCUGAUGCUUCUGUUGAAGCGAUGCACCAGAAUACAUCAGGACUGACUGAUGCAGUGGACAAUCAUGAAGAAACUGUCACUACUAGAACCAGUUAUGUUGUAGACAGUGCAACAACAUCCACCAACAUUCCAGAACCAUUUACAACUGUCAUACCUCACACAGAUGCAAUACCAGAUAGUGGCAACUCUUUUGCUGUAGUAGACAACCCAUAUGCUUUGACAGAUGUAUCUACAACACUCUCUGAAGGUGGUGAUGUUGAUACAUUAUUACAAUCAGUUUCUGCAACUGAAACUGUGUCCAUGGUUACAGAAACAUCAGUCAGUAUUACAGAACAAGAAGAUGAUAUAGACAAAGAUCUCCUCAAGGACAGAGAGGAGUUCAAUGGCCAUGAUGGCAGAAACUCAGGAGAAGCUCCAGCUGAUGCUGACGGGACUGACAGAAAGACUUCAGUGUAUAUCUGGGACAGAAACUGCCAACACGCUGAAGGUAGUGAUGUACCUUGCCUUGGCGAUGCAGAAGGAAAGGGUGUGACUCUACCAGGGGAAACUGAUGAACAACUUGGUGACAGUUGUCCAGAUGAUGGAGAAAUACCAAAGACAGAGGGAAAGGGUGUGACUUCGCUUCCUGAAAUACCAUGUGAAACUGAUGAAUAUGAUGACAGGUGCUCAGAAGAUGGAGACAAACCAAAGACAGACACUGAGGACAAGGAACUGAAUUCAGAUUCCAUGAAAAGCAAUGGAGUGGAUAACACAAUCAGUGGUCGUCUUUUGGAUGAGGAAACACUCCAACAUGUUAGGGUUGAUCUGCUAACUUCUGGAACAGAAACUCCAGUGGCCCUGUCCUCCUCAACUCCUGCUAAACGGGCAGACCACACAAUCUGUGAUACUGAAGACUUUCAUCAGAACCAUGAGACAUCUCUUGAUGAUAUUCACCUGGAAACGUCUGUGCAUGAGAGAGUGGCCAGUUUGGGCAGGAAGGCUAGUGAUGACAGCGUGUUGGGUGGAUCCAGUGAACAUAGGUCUCAAACACUCAGACCUAAACAGGUUUCCCACAGAAACUUGGAGACAAACAUUUCUAAAUUUUCGUUGUCAGUGCCAAAUCUUGUUGAGCAUGUACAGGACAAUACAUCAAAUUUCCAUGACCCAAGUUUGAAUGAUCUCAGGAAUCGUCGCAAGUCCGUCCAAGCAAUAAAAAGCUUGUUUGAGAAACAGUCAAUGGAAGAAAAGAGCCCGAGGAAUAAGGAAGAACAAAUUUCUCAAGAUGGCCGAGUCAUAUCCAGAUCCAAGGAUGAGAAGAGAUAUUCAGAUUCAUUUGGUGACCAAGGCGACUCCAGGGUGGUCAGAGAGGUUACCGUCCAGUCUAUGGGCGGUGGAUCUGCCCAGCAGAAUGGCUACAGUUCCAAUGUUGCCCGGGAAACACAAGACCGAGAAGAUGUACAUUUCACUGAGAUGUCUUCAGUGAGGAACACUUUUGAAUCUGGUGGACCGCAGCAGACAACUAACGUAACCCAGUCACAGAACAUUGGUUGGGAGGAGGAAGAAGAAGGUGUCUAUGAGAACCAACCAGACCGUCUAGAUAAUGUCGCACGUGAAAGUGACCGAGAUAUUGGAGCAGAACUUCCUGAGGUUGGCAUGGCAAAGAAUCUUCUCAGUAGAUUCACACAGAUUGCAAGCGAGCCAAAAAAUUACAAAAGGGAGGUAACUCCUCCGCGCCAGGGAGCUGGAAAAAUUGAAUACGAAAGUCAGCCAGCAAGUCACAUUCAAGUGUAUGAAGGUAAAGCUGAGGCAGGAAUCUUUGAAAGUCAGCCCCAAAUUAAUCCAGACGUCGUCAGAUCAGUUGACAGCACAAGUGAGCCACUGCCUGAACGAGGAACUGCCAAAAAUAUUGCAUCAAAAUUCAAGCAAUUGGAAAGUGGAACUGGCAGUUACACUGGAUCUUCACCUUUGAAAAGGGAGAUUACUCCUGACAGAGCCACUGGGAAGGUUGAAUUUGUCUCUGAGCCAACAGCAACCAUUGAGAGGUACGAAGGAAAGGCUGAAGCAGGCAUUUUCGAAAACCAGCCACAAGACUACGAGGGCGUUGUCAAAUCUGGGCAAGAGGUUGAAGAAAUUCUGCCAGAAAGAGGUUCAGCUAAGAAUAUUGCUCAGCGCUUCAAGCAGAUGGAGAGCUCACCAUCCUCUGCAGCAAGGGGCAAAAGGGAGAUAACUCCUGACAGAAACACAAGAGGAGAAUAUGUUAGCGAGCCUAGAGCUCAUGUUGAGAUGUAUGAGGGCAAGGCAGAGGCAGGAGUCUUUGAGAACAGGCCAGCUGAACGAUCUGAUGUCGUGAGGAGUGAAGACAUAUUAGAUGAACCACUUCCUGAAAGAGGGUUUGCCAGAAAUGUUGCUUCCAAGUUCCGUGAAAUGGAACAUAACAUGAAGUCCCCUCCACCUACCCCAAACCGAGUGAAGGAAAUCACACCACCCAGAGAGGGAAUUUCGAGUGGUGUCUACGAGAGUCAGCCCCAAACCUCACCUGAUGUCAUCAGUGAGAAUGCCCAAGUUGAUGAGAUUGUUCCAGAAAAAGGUUAUGCCAGGAAUCUUGUCUCACGAUUCAAGGAGAUUGAACAGGAAAACAGCAAGGUAGCAGUCUCCAACCGUAGGGGCAUUACUCCACCACGAUCUGAAACUGGUGUUUUCGAGAACCAGCCACAAGAAUUUAUUCCCGACUACAACCAAAAGAUAGAUAGUGGCAUUGCUGAGAACAAUCCUGAAGUCCGAAGUGAUGUUGCCAAGGAAACUGAUCCUGCAAAAUAUGGAGAAGAACUUCCUGAACGUGGUACUGCCAGGAACUUGGUGUCCCACUGGAAGCAAGUUGAAAGUCAGAGUGGGAAACAGAGUCCUGGUUCUGGAGUCAGAACCAAGGAGUUCACCCCUCCCAGAGAGGAAGAGCGUGUGAAGGCACUCCGAGGCCAGCUCUCCCCGGGGGCAGGUCAGUUCGAGAGUGUCAAUCCUAACGACCUGCCAGGCCAGUACCAACAACAGGUGGAACCAGGCGUGUUUGAGAAUCAGCCAGAGGUACGCACAGAUGUUGUCAGUGAAGCACAGACAGAUUGGACAGAGGGUAUGCCAAAAGAAAAUGCUGCCAAGAAAAUGGUAGCCAAAUUCAAGAACAUACAAGCUGAAGCAGUGAAAGAACAACCAAUGCCUGUCUCUCGAAAGGAGGAUGGCGAUAGACAAUCCCCUGAAAAUGAAGUGACACAGGUUUGUCUGAGUACCCCUUCCGAUACAGACUCAAUGACGUAUGAUAAUGGUGUGCCUGACGAUGCAAAAGAAAACCAGGAAGCAGCAACACCGAAAAAAAAGGGUGGAUUUUUCAUUCCAACGACGCCAGCGGACAAAUGCGGGGCUUGCCAGAAAACUGUAUAUGCAAUGGAGAAAUUUGAGAUGAACAAAGUGAUAUACCACAAGAACUGCUUUAGAUGCACACACUGCAAAUCAAAGUUAACGCCAAAAACGUUUGCCGCCAAUAAUGGUAUCAUAUACUGUACCAACCACUUGAUGCAACUUUUCAAGAGCAAAGGAAAUUAUGACGAGGGCUUUGGCCGAGAACAACACAAAAAGAGGUGGCAAUCAGACGUGAAAGACGGUGAACAAGAGCAGAGCUAGACUAGACACACUUUGUAGCUUCUCACCUACUGAGCCAUACAAAUGGACACUUAUUUUGUACAAACUACUAUUAUUUUCUGUGGAUCAUGAACGAGAGUAGCGUGCAUGAACUCAAGUGCAUUAUUGGUUUAGGACUCGCCUGUGAGACCAGAAUGCAUUGUGAGAUUGAUGGAAAUGCAUGGGAGGGAGGUGUAUCAUGGGAAGUAAAAUGCAUUAUGGGAAGGAAAUGGUGAACUGUAUUUUGAGAUCACUGAACAUUUCAAAUAAUCUGCUAUCUUCUUGUUGAUUGUGCUUCAAAGCUUUUAAUAAGGACGUAGAUAAGGUGAUUAGAAGUUUGAAUGUUUGACAAGCAAAAGGGUAGAUUUGUCCCUUGCAGAAUGAGGAUUAUCAGAAAUGUAGUGGAGACGAGCAAAAUGUGUUCAUAAUACAUACCAUGUUUCGGAAGAAUAUUCAGCUCAAGGAAGCAAAGGCAAUAUAGGCUCACAGUCCCAGAGCAAUUCGAGGAGUUUCAAUUUAUCUUUGACUAGCUGAGGGCCUCAAGUGUACAAAUGCAUCAAUUUGGUACUCAUCGAGAAAUGAUAUUCACCAUAACAAAGCCAUUUUAUCAUAAACAGUUUUUGAUUAAUGUUUUUUUGAAAAUGCUUCAUGUAAAUACUUAGGUAAAAAAUAUAUUAAAAAAAAAUAUGCAAACAAGUUCUUGAUAUUAACGGUUUGUGUUCUGAUAAACAAUGACCAAGGCAAUAUCUGCAUGCAUUACUUCCAGGAGACGUUUUGUAAGAGGGCUUUCACUGUAUGCUGUAAUUACCUACUGUAGCUAACUAGCUCCUGUGUAUUUUGUAAUUGUUCUGAUUUUUUAAAUCAAGCAUAUUUUUCAUUUUAUUAAUAGUAUUAUAUUUUAGUAUUAUUUCACCUAGUACUUGCUCAUUUCGCAUGAUAUAUCUAUGUACAUUUCUAAAUUGACUUGUAUUGUCUUUUGAUAUUUAUAUGAACUAUGUAACAAUUUUCAAUUUUGCUCAAUUUGAAG